AUGAAUUUCCCUGUAAAUAAGGAGCUUUGUGCUGCUAAGAGCAAUAACAAUUUCCAAGAAUCACAUAUUGUUUCCUCCAGAACUCUGAAGAGAGGAUUGCCCGAUUGUUAUUCUCAAGUUGAUGCACCUGCAAGAACUUCCCAGAAGUUUAGAGUAAUUGCGAAAGAGGGUAGGUGUCAUCUUCUGCUUGCUGCAAAUCCAUCCCCUUUACCUGAAAAGAUAGAUGCUGUUUUGUCCCAUCGAGAAAUGCAGGGUGAAAAAAACUUUUAUACUUCUUUUAACAGCAGAACAACUCACUUUACUGAAGUCGAUGUGGAGAGGGAGAAACCAAGCGGAGCUGUUGGGUGUUCGCAUGCAAUCAGCUUAGAACCUAAUGAUGCAGACAAUAUUACAUGCUCUGUGGCUAGUUGUAGCAUUACUAGCAAUGAUUCCUUUAAGUUGCGUUGUAAUUUUUCUGUUGAAGAUACUGAAGGAAAUUGUAGUGAUGCUGAGUCUGUUUGUCAUAGGAGCUUUAAGGAAGGGAAUUGUUUCCUUCCCAGUCAGGUGGAAUUGGCAGAAGAAAUUCAUAGGUUAGAGUUACAUGCCUACUGUUGCACUAUUGAGGCAUUGCAUGCAUUGGGACCCUUAAGUUGGGAACAAGAAACAUUGGUGACAAAUCUUCGCCUUUCGCUCCAUAUAUCAAAUGAUGAACAUUUGAUGGAGCUACGGAACCUAGUUUCUACUGCUACCAGCAUGCCUCUUAGUUGACAGGGAAAAAAAGAAAUCCCUUCCCCCCCAGUUUAUUCUCUCCCUUUUCUGUUCAUUUUCCAUGCGUAGAAUUUGUUUUACCCUAGGUAUAGUGAUUGUAGUUCGUUGUAAGAAGCAGAUAGAUUUUGUUUGUUUGUUUUGUUUUGUUUUGUUUUUUUUUUUGUUGUUUCUAUUUUGGUUAUAUAAUUCUGUAAUGGUCUUGAUGAAAUGUUUGUACCACAAACUUCUAUAAUGCAUGCAAUGGACAUUUCUGAACUCAACUUGUUUAUCUUACAUCUAUUGGGCUGUUUACUGUUUUGACAUUUAUUAGUAAAAAGUUGGAUAUCCUCUUGAUUAAUUCCUAAUAUAUUUGAAUGCUUAGUGGAUUAAAAUUUGCAAAUGAUGACUAGAUGUAUAGUUACUAGAUUUCAUAAAUUCACAGUGUCAGAUAUAAUCUUUGUUGUUAAGGAUGGUAUUAUAUGGGGAAAUGCCAUUGCGAUAAUGCUUAUAGUUUUCUCUGUACUUGUAUUGUAUGUGUAUUUUUCUCUUUUGUGUUAAGUGGAGUAUGUAAAGUUCCUCAAUUUUUGGAAUUUUGGGGUUUUACGAAAGCACCAAUAAUAUGAAAAUUUUGUGGGUUCCAUUCUACAAAUAGCUGAUUAUGUCCAUACCAUUUGGCAAUGUAAGUAGUAAUUUUAAGGACAUUAUUGAUGCUUCCCCAGCAUU